AUGUUGUUGUUGUUUGUAGAACAGCAGCAGGUCGGACUUGCCCUAGGUAAGAGAUUCAGUAAUCUUCUACGCUCCAGCCUUCAUUCCAGCCAAAACCCACAGCGCAAGCAUGCUCACGACCCCCAGCAGCCACGACAGCGUCCUCAACACCGACAGCCUGCCGUCCGCGCACAGCACGAUGUACACAAAGAUGUACAGUACCCGCGACAAGAUAUACUCCAUCGUCAGCAGAUUGAGCGUGUAGACGUCCACGCCUGCGCAGUUGGCGGCCGCCACGGCCCCGGCGAACAUGCCCAGCGAUUCGAAGCCGUUUUCCAUGGCGCUUAG